AUGGAUCCGGAUCCCUUGGAUGCCUUGGGUCCUGGCUGGACCGUCACUGAGCCGCCACGGCGGGGAUCCAGGUCCAGGCGGCCCUCCAAGUCUGCUUCACUGCUGCAACAGGCAGCAGCGGCCAAUCUCAAGGCACAGCGGGCACCAUCCGAUCCAGGCGCAGUACCAGGGCGGUCGCAGGACUCCGAUUCCCAGACUCCUGAGGAUGGCGGCUAUUCAGCCUUCAAGGCUCGCUUCCUGAAAGAAUACCGUCAGCAAGAACGUGUGGAGAGCAUGGCCAUCUGCCGCCGGCAACGGAAGGUUUUCGAGACGUUGCAGGCGAACCACGAGGUAUGGGAACCGCGACUAGCGAGGGCUGCACGCGCAGAAGCAGAGGACUUCUUCCGACUCAUGCGGACGGCCUCAGAACAACAAGCGAGUUGCGCCCUGCUGGCCCAAAGGCGGCCCAGCUCCCCUGGGUACAAGGAAGCAGAGCUGGUGGCGCCAGCAAGGUCUUGGGCGGAGCAACAGGCUCGUGCCAGCGAACUGGCCGAGCCCCGGCCCGCCCGGCGCUGGGAGGAGGAGAGCAGGCCAGAGCCGCGCCGCAGCGCGGCGGAGCAGCAGCGGCAUAUGGCAGUGCUGGCACGGCCCAAGAUGCCCAAGACGGAUUGGAUGGAGGAGAUGGAAAGCACUGAAGGUCAGAGUCUCUGGAAAGAAGAACUGAUGGCACGAGCUGCUGCACUGGUGCCGGAAGAGGUACAGGCUGCCCGCUUCAUCCUGGAGAAGAUGCGCAGCCGUCCCCGUUCAGCCAAGCACCGAGAGGCUGUCACCAGUGCUGCUGGGCCAACGGCGGAGGUGGAGCAAGUGGAGCAAGUGGAACAAGUGGAGCAGCUGAAAUCCGCGGUGGAGGAAGUCCUAUGGGUGGCUUUGCUUCAGGUGCGCAGCUGUCCAAAGCCAGGCGGAGCAGCCCUGGAGGAGCGCUUGGGAAGUUUGUUGAUCUCCAAGAUUGGCCCGGCCCUGCGGCCGGUGGCGCGGCGUCUCUUAGCGCCUGGCCACAGCCUGCCGCGGCGGCUCCGUUCUGAGUUUCCAAGGCUCGCCAGACACCUUUGCUUUCGAGACUCAGAGGACUUCGAACUGCCUCCAACUUCGUGGAAAAACGAGGACCUGGUGGCACGUCUGAACCAGGUGCGGGAGGUGCGUGACGACUUGCUUGGCAUGGACUUCACCAAGGACGCUGUGGCUCGGUUAGUCGAAGCUGCUGGCUGA